AUGGCGACCAAGAUGGCAUUUGAUAGCCCGACGGACGAGGAUGUCGCUCUCGAGAAUAUGGGGUACGAGCACGAUUUCAAACAAUCGUUCAGUUUGUUGGCCCUCGAUGUUUGGUGGAUACUUGCUAUGAGUUUGCUGGGACUUGUCGCCGUGGGUGCUGUCAACAAUUCCUUAGGAUCGAAUUAUAUCCUAGGCCAAGUCAGCCUAGUCUUCCCAGACUUCGUUAUCGAACGGUGGCACGUGGUCCUAGUUGCCUGGGCCGUAGGGCUAUUUUCCCUUGCUAUCAAUGUUAGUCGCACCGCACACUCUACAUCGUUUGUCCCGCUUUAUCUUUGCGUGGAACAUCGUCUCGUUUAUCCUCGUGAUCACCACACUCUUAGGAACUGGACUACUCUUCCUCCUAACACUGUGCUUCUGUAUAGGUGA